AUCCUUCGCGGCUUCCGUAGGGUGUCGUGGCGCUUGUUGAGUUGGAAGGGGAAAGUACAGCGGCUUUACAUAGCAAGAUAAGCUAACAUCUGUUACAUUACUUUCAAAGUGUGGCGAUCAUAUAUCGUAUCAUAAAGAUUUCCGGGCUAUAAUGAGGCGUGCAGGUUUGGGUGAGGGAGGCCCUCAAGGGAAUUACGUUGCGAGUGGAUACAGCGUGUAUGAGGAGGAGAACGAACAUCUACAAGAGGGACUGAAAGCUAAAGUAAACGCACUCAAACAUCUGUCGAUUGACAUUGGAAAUGAAGUCAAGUACCAGAAUAAAAUGUUGGGAGAAAUGGACUCGGACUUCGACUCAACCGGAGGUCUGUUGGGAUCCACCAUGGGUAGACUGAAGCUCCUUGCCAGGGGGAGCCAAUCCAAGGUGUUCUGCUACAUGCUGCUGUUCGCCCUGUUUGUCUUCAUUGUCCUGUACUGGGUGAUCAAACUGAGGUGAUCUGAGGACCGAUGAGAUCCAGGACAUUUCUGCCAUACUCGUAUGGGGGAUCCAGUGCCAUACUCAUGGGGGACGGGAUCAGAAUCCUCACAGUGACGAAGACGAGAAGUGUUUGACUGCUUGCUUUCCAUUGGACAAGAAACUGAACCAUUGAGUGACAAUGUGCAAUAUGAAAAAUCUGUAUACAUAUAAAAAAUAUAUCUGUCCCAACCCACUAAAAUUAAUGUUGUCUCAGUGCAGGGAUAAUGCUACUCAUUUAAUACUGGUCAUGAAAAAAAAGAUAAACAAUAAUUUAUCCAAUAAUGACCUUUGUUUAAUGAUAUUCUUUUAGGAGAACUUCAGUGCUAUAAAUGUGUGCCGGACUCUAUAUGGAUACUGAUCAAAUAAGGAAAUUAAGGUUAUGACAACUGACCAGAAGAGUAAGCUGGAUGGUGUAAACAAUUUAGCACUUUUUACCAUGCAAGUCUAUACAAUGUCUUUGAAAGAUUAGCCAAAAAAGAUUGCUUAUUGAAUAGUAUUUAAAGGGCUGAUCUUGAGACUGUGAAAACCGUACUGGCAUAUGUGAAAUUCAGUUUUGUAUAAUGAUCAUACUACAUCAGUAACCACCCCAGACUUCUGUGUUGUUCAGAAAUGUCUUGCAUUAUUUUUUGAGGUACUUGCUCAAACCCUUCUCCUCUCUAUGGUUAACAUAAUGCAUGGUUUAUUUGAGUUUUUCAGAGACUAAUAUGUAAAUAAAUGUCAUUUUUGAGAGAAUUAUUACAUAAAAAUUCAUUUGUGUUGUCAAAA